AGGUAAUAUGUCAUCAAUGUCUAUCAAGUUUCAAUUAUAGCUUCAGUUUUUCCGAUUUUAGUAAAUUUUACAAAUAAUAAUUUAGUUAGUAAGUACUCUUACUGUGGAUAAUUAUGCAGGAAACAAGGUCUUUUUGGAAGUAUCAUUUGAUUUACAUUUGACCACUGUUAUUACCUUUAGAUCUUUCAAAAAAAUAUUUAGGAAAACUUGCUACAUUAUAUUGUUUUCUUACCAUUAUGUUUUAUAGCAUUUACAAUAAAAAAUUAACUAUAACAGAUUGGGUUGUAUCUGUAUAUGAUAAGCGUUUCAAGUCUUUUAAUAUCGCCAUAGACUCUUUAUCCAAUGGGCCAUUGUCUAAGUUGUUUCAAAAACCAAGCUAAUGCAGAUAUUACAACUUCUCAAAGAAAAAAAGAUGAGAUGACAGAAAUUGUCGCAACACAUCAAGUGCCUGCUGUGAUGGUAUCAGAUUAUCAUCAGGAAGAGCCACUUUUACAAGAGAAUGAAAGUGUGACCUGCUACAGGAAUUCAGCAAAUUUACAGAAUGCUAAUACAUUGAACUCAUUUGGAGAAUCAUGUCACAGUGACAUUACCUUACAAAGAACACAACCAAGUGCUGAAAAAGCACCAAAACUGUUUUACCAAAAGCUGCCAUCAAUUCCACGAACCAUGUCAUCACUAGGAUCAAGUGAAGUCCGUGUCUCUGAUUCCAAGAUAAAUCAGUUAUUUGACCAAUAUAAAGAUUCAUUAGAAGAUGCAAUUUUAGCUGAAGGCAUAGAGAACCUCUGCAAUGAUUUGCAACUCAACCCUGAUGACUUUAAGGUUUUAGUACUUGCCUGGAAGUUAAAUGCUAGUCAAAUGUGUCGGUUUACAAAAAUUGAAUUUAUCCAGGGACUGAAAAGUAUGAAAACUGAUUCUAUAAAAGGCAUACAGCAAAAACUAAAUGAAAUAACUAGUGAAUUGAAGACAGAUUCUGAGCAUUUUAAAGAUUUGUAUAGAUUCUCUUUUAAAUUUGGAUUAGACGUAAGUACUGGUCAGCGUAUUCUUCCAACAGACAUUGCAGUAGUCCUAUGGCGACUUGUGUUCACAAUCAAUGAGCCUCCAAUAUUAGAUAGGUGGCUGAACUACUUGGAAAAGAAUAAUCACAUUCGUGGCAUCCCAAAAGAUACUUGGUACAUGUUUUUGAAUUUUUGUGAAUUUGUGGGAAAUGAUCUCAGUAUGUAUGAUGACACAGAAGCAUGGCCCAGCCUUUUUGAUGACUUUGUGGAAUACGAAAAUGAUCAAAUGAAUCAGAAUGUCUCAAAAAACGAUAUGAAGAUACAGGAUUAAAAUUCUAUAUUUGCCAAAUUUUAGAUAUUGUAGGUACUUAAAUAAAGAUAUUGAGACUGAUAAACCCGGUAUGGGUGUUUCAUGAUGUUAGUCCUGUAUCUUUCGAUUGGAGGUAAGAUUAAUGUAAUUUAUGUUGAAGUGGAGGAACAUAAAUUAUGAGGACAUAGUGUAGGUACUAACGAGAUUAAAAUUGAUUUAAGUGUACAUACGUAAAGUUAUUAUAAUAUUUUUUAAAUUAAUGACUUGUGAAACAUUGACUAUGUAUUUUUAUGUGUCUAGUUAUAUACCUAAUUGUAAUAUAUUCCAUAAAUUGAAUUAGAAAUUUUAAAAUAAUGCUUGUGAUGAAAUUUCAUGGAACAUUGUCCUUGUCCCGUCAUUGAUUCUUCUGUACACAGUUUUAUCGCCUAAACCUAGCACAAACCGAAAAUUGCCUAACAAACAAAAUAGAAUUAUAGAAUUUAAUCUCUAA